UUUUAAACUACUUCGGAUAUUUGUACGACGAUGUUCGUCUGUGGUAGAAGCUUCUGGACUUCCUUGAUCCACCCAACUCGACAUCUCCGCCUCUAGCGCUCUACUGUCAACUGGUGGAAGCGCAGGAAAUUUCUGCUUCUCAGGCUCAGCUUACGGUGAUUUCCGGCGAACUCGCGCAGUCUAUAGAGAGAUGGGUUGGAUGACGAGGUUCCUGACCGCCGUCGCAUUCUUAGCGGCGGGAGUUCUAUUUUCGCCGGAAACCUUCGGGUCAAAGUCCGACGGUCAACGGCCUCUCGAGACCGUCACGUUUGUAAAAUUGGCCCACCUGCUCUGCUUCUCCACCUCAUGGGGCGCGGCUCUAUGGGUCACCUUCAUCGGCGGCAUCAUCAUGUUCAAGAAUCUUCCGAGGCAUCAGUUUGGGAAUCUGCAGAGCAAGAUGUUCCCGGCGUACUUCACUUUGGUCGGAGUUUGCUGUGCGGGAUCGGUUGCGGGUUUUGGGUACUUGCAUCCAUGGAAGACCUCGAGCAGUGCCGAGAAGUAUCAGAUUGGCUUCAUUCUGGGCGCCUUUGCUUUUAACCUCAGCAAUCUUUUACUCUUCACUCCCAUGACUAUAAAGAUGAUGAAGGAAAGGCACAAAAUUGAGAGAGAGGCAAAUAUCGGAGAGGAAGUAGGGUGGACAAAGAACCAAGAAGUUGCAAAGGCCAACCCAAAGCUUGCUGCCAUGAACAAAAAAUUUGGGAUGAUUCAUGGUCUCUCUUCUCUUGCCAAUAUCAUGUCUUUUGGUUGCCUUUCCAUGCACUCUUGGUAUCUAGCUUCCAAAAUCAAUUUUUAGAUUAUUUGUUCCCCAACAGGCCGAAUUAAGAAGGAACAAAAUGAUAUCAAUAACUGAUAUGCCAGAUACAUAGGUAUGUAAUCCAAACAUUAUACGUUGUGUAAGAAUGCCCAAGCUUGAAUAUCCAUUGCGUACACCUUAUCUUCAAUUUCAUAAUGAAAUGUUUUGGCUAUUAUAUGAGAAAAGUAAGGGC